AUGGGAAUUUGUAAGAGUACUUUAAUCGGCGGUUCGCAAUCCACUGCCUCUACCCAAGACUUGUUAGAUUGGGGGAAGCCACCUGUAGACCCUCCGGAGGACGAAAAGGAUCCCAAUGAAUUGGUCCUCCAGAGUUGGGCCUUCUGCAAGGCAAAACAUUCUGCAGCGAAAAUGUAUCACACCGAGGCAGAUGCGGCCAGAAAUCGAAAACUAUUUGCGUGGAGGGAGCGCCCCAACUUCAUUGAGCUCAACUGCGGUGAUGACAGCUUUUUUGUGUCGAAUACUCACAGGGUCAUUGGCAUAGCGGACGGCGUAGGUGGUUGGAAAAAGAAGGGUGUUGACCCAUCACUUUUCUCCAAUACAUUGAUGAAGAAUGCUAAACUAUUUGCUGAGACUCACCGGAAAGAAAUUGAUCCAGAGGUGAUCAUGGAUGCUGCGUAUCGUAAAACUAUAAAGGAUAAGGAGGUGAAGGCUGGUAGCAGCACUGCCUGUAUAGCCGCCCUGCGUCAGGCAGAAAAUGGAAAGCACUACCUUGAUGUGGCCAAUCUUGGUGACAGUGGGCUACUGCUGGUACGCGAUCGCAGGCCGAUAUUCCGUGUGCAUGAAAAGGUUCACCGCUUCAACGCGCCUUUCCAAUUGGCGGUGGUACCACAGCAAUUUCAAGGACGCUCCCUUUCAGAUCCUGUGUCAGCCUGCGUACGGGAGUCUAUCCCCGUGCAGAAGGGUGAUGUUGUGGUAAUGGGAACGGAUGGUCUUUUUGAUAACCGCUUUAACGAGGAACUGGCUGCGGAAGCCGGCUGGAUUGGUCACACGGAGGGCACGGUCCUGCGUUUUAUCCCCUUUAUCGGGUUUUGGUUCAGUAGUAUCUUCAAGGACCAACAAGUUGAAUAUGUAAAUCCGUACCGUGUAGUGGAGCGCCUUGUGUUAGACACCCACAAGGCAUCUCUCAAAACAGAUGGUAACUCACCGUGGGCAGUUAUGUUACGUCAAUACGGUGCUAAAGACGCGCAGGGUGGAAAGGAGGAUGACGUGACGGUCGUGUUAAGCCGAGUGACGCCGCGUAGAGAAAUAGUGGAGGACUCUGCCUAA